UUCGGCAAUCGAGUCAUCUUCAGUAAUGGCAACUUCGCAAUCGCCAUUGAAUUUUCUCUCCCCGACUCCAUUUCCAUGCCCUUCUUCAUCUUCUUCAGAAUCUCACUUUCUCAUUCCACUAUUAGAAACCCGUUGCUUAAACAGAGCUCUCAAGUUUAAAAUUUGUUGUUCGACUCAUUCUAUUGAAAUUGGCACGCAGCAAAGUAGCCUCACCAGGAAGAAGAGAAAGCCCAGGCCUAGCUUUGUUGAGCAAAUUCAAGAUAAAUGGUCUCGGAAACCCACUAUCUUGAUAGAAAAACUCCCAUGGGAAGAAGAAGAAAAAGAAGAAGAAAAAGAAGAAGCAAAGUUCGAAAAUUUUGAAGAAGAUGAAGAGCGAAAUGUGAGAUUUUCCAAUGGGGUUGUUUCUCAGACAGCAAGUGAAAAGAGCUCUGCAGUUAGUCAGCCAAUGAGUUCUGGUUUACCAGAAAAGGUAAUAUUGCCUCCUUGGGAGCAUGGAAAAAAGCCCAGAAAAAAGUCCCAGUUUGAUAAUCCAGUUAGAAACUCGAGGCGGGCCAGUAAUAGUACUGAAAGCCUCAAUGGCCUUAAUGAUCAUGCUCAAAAUUAUGCUACUAACAGUCGUGUAAUUCAAAAUUGUAAUAAUUUUGAGGGAAAAUUUGAUCUUGGUGAGCAAAGUGGAGAAAAGGGUGUCAAGGAUGAUGAAACCCGAAAUGGCUUUAAUGAGCAUUCUGAAAAUUAUGUUACCAGCUUUAGUGUAUUUCAAGAUGUAAAGAAAAUGGAGGAAAAGCUUAAACUUGAUGAGGAAAUUGGAGAAAAUGGUGCCAAGAAGGAUGAUACUUCGAAUGAGCCGUCACAGACAGGUGAGUUUUUGUUUAAUGAGAUAGACAAGGGUGCUGAACAUAGCAAUAAUGGGUUGGGGGCUUUUCAGAAUUAUGUGAAGGAUUCAGGGGAUACUAGUGAAUCAGUGAGGUUGCCGUGGGAGAGUGAGAGUGAUCAACAAUAUCAUGAAGGGAAAAGAUUAAGAAAAAGUAACACUGAGGUGGCUGAGAAAGUAAUACCCGAGCCUGAAUUGAAGAGGCUUAGGAAUUUGGCUUUGAGGAUGGUAGAGAGAAUAAAGGUUGGGGCAGCCGGUGUAACGCAGGCAUUGGUGGACUCUAUUCAUGAGAAGUGGAAGCUGGAUGAGGUGGUGAAGCUGAAAUUCGAAGGUCCUACUGCCAUGAAUAUGAGGUGGACACACCAGAUUCUAGAGAGUAGAACUGGAGGUUUGGUUAUUUGGAGAUCAGGCAGUACAGUGGUGUUGUACAGAGGAAUGGGAUACAAAUUAGAUUGUGUACAGUCGUAUGCUAGACAAACUCAAGACAAGACAAAGGAAUUUGAAUCUUCAGGAGUUCAGGUGAAUAAUUUUGCUCGAAGCAUCGGUACCUCAUGCUCUGCUGAACCAUCGACUGCUAAAUCUUAUUCGAACAACCUAUCUGUCAAAGAGCUCAAGGAUCGAAGUGAGCUCAACCUACUGCUGGAUGAACUUGGUCCACGGUUCAAAGAUUGGUCAGGGCGUGAACCAGUGCCUGUUGAUGCUGACUUGCUUCCUGAUGUUGUUCCUGGAUAUAGACCCCCAUUUAGGCUUCUACCUCAUGGGAUAAGACAUGGUUUACGUGACAAAGAAAUGACAUUUUUCCGUAGGAGUGCCAGAGUAUUGCCUCCACAUUUUGCCCUAGGAAGAAACAGACAACUGCAAGGUCUGGCAUUGGCAAUGGUAAAGUUGUGGGAAAAGUGUGCUAUUGCAAAGAUAGCCAUCAAACGUGGUGUACAGAAUACUUGCAAUGAAAGAAUGGCAGAAGAACUCAAGGUAUUAACUGGAGGUACACUAUUGUCAAGAAACAAGGAAUAUAUCGUAUUUUACAGGGGAAAUGAUUUUUUGCCAUCUGGUGUUACGCAAGCAUUGGUGGAAAAAGAGAGAGAAACUGUUCUCCAACAGGAUGAGGAAGAAAUAGCGCGUCAGAGAGCAUUGGCCCUGAUUGCGUCAAAUGUCAAAGUUGCUGAACGGCCUUUAGUUGCCGGAACCCUUUCUGAGACAAAGGCAGCAACCUUGCGCUGGAACAACCAGGCAACUGGUGAAGAUUUAGAGAAGAUGAUGAGAGAUUCAGCUGUAGUAAAGCAUGCUGCUUUGGUUAAAUCUCUUGAGAACAAGCUAGCUAUUGCAAAAGGGAAGAUAACAAAGGCCGAGAAGGCUUUAUUGAAAGUGCAAGAAAAUUUUGAACCUGCUGAACAACCCACUGACUUGGAAACUAUAAAUGAUGAGGAAAGGUUUUUACUUCGGAAAAUGGGUCUGAGUAUGAAACCAUAUCUGUUUCUAGGAAGGAGAGGCAUUUUUGAUGGUACCAUUGAAAAUAUGCACCUGCAUUGGAAGUACAGAGAGCUGGUGAAGAUUUUUGUGGAACGAAAAAGUUUCCCACAAGUCAAACAUAUUGCAAUUUCUCUUGAGGCAGAGAGUGGUGGUAUUUUAGUAUCAGUUGACAAAACUGCCAAAGGAUAUGUCAUUAUUGUUUAUCGUGGAAAAAAUUAUCUCCCUCCUAGUGCAUUUAGGCCUAAAAAUCUUCUGACAAGAAGGCAAGCAUUGGCUCGUUCUAUUGAGCUUCAGAGACGUGAGGCUCUAAAGCAUCAUGUGGCAGAGUUGCAAGAAAAAAUUGAGAAGCUGAAAUCUGAGCUUGAAGAUAUGAAGAAUGUCAAGGAGAUCGAUGAGGAGACCUUGUACUCAAGGGUGGAUGAUGCAUCCGAUGAUGAUGAAUUGCAAGAAGAUGAAGAUGAAGAUGCAUAUCUUGAGACGUAUAACUGCAGCGGUGAUGUUGGAACUUCUUGACGAGGGUUUGAGAAGGAAAACUAGAACACAGAACUGCUCCGUGGUGAAAAAAAGCUCGAUUUUUCAAAUUAACACUUGGAAGGUGGUCCGAACUGAAAAGCUCCAAAGGUUUGGUUAACGGGAUUUGAGAUUUGGAUGGACAGUGAUCUCCGGGGUUGCUGCAUGUGGGUGUGUGACCAUUACAAACGUACUUGAUUCAAGUCCCACACCAUUCUUAGGAUGAAAAAUCUUGUGACAAUGAAUGGUUGUGCAUGUGAGCCUGUAGAAUUUUAAGCUCAAGAAUCUCAUGAAUCUAUUAUCUUUCGAUCAAUAAAGCUGUUGAAGUGAAUACUAAUGUAGCUAGUUUACAUGUAUGUAAUAUCCAACACAGUUCCUAAAAGAAACAUAUCAGCUGCAAUCACUUUAGCUUUCUGCAAAAUAGUGCACCUCAUCAGAGUGUAUUAAGAGUCAGUGGUUAAGAAUGUGCAAAUUAAUGGAAGAUA